AAUAUUUGCACGUGGUGUAAGAGAAACAAUAACCGCGUUUCAGAAAUGAGACCCGAGAAAAGGAGGGAGGAAUAAUAAAACUCUAAACCCUAACCUGAGAGUUUCCGAUCGAAGCUGAAACGAUGAAGAUAGCAGUGGAAGGGUGCAUGCAUGGUGAUCUAGACAAUGUCUACAAAACCCUUCAACACCUCGAGAAAUCUCAAAACACCAAAAUCGACCUCCUUCUCUGUUGCGGCGAUUUUCAGUCCGUAAGGAACAAGAAUGAUUUGAAUAGCCUUAAUGUGCCACAGCGUUAUCGCACUAUGAAUUCGUUCUGGAAGUAUUAUUCUGGUUUGGAGCUUGCUCCUUAUCCCACAAUCUUCAUCGGUGGUAACCACGAAGCUUCCAAUUAUCUUUGGGAACUAUACUAUGGAGGAUGGGCUGCGCCUAAUAUAUACUUUUUGGGAGCUGCUGGUGUGAUCAAGUUUGGGAAUAUACGAAUUGGUGGACUCUCUGGUAUUUAUAACCAUCGUCAUUAUAAAUCAGGACACUUUGAGAGGCCUCCGUAUGACCAGAGUACCAUUAGAUCUGCUUAUCAUGUUCGCGAAUAUGAUGUUCGCAAACUCAUUCAAGUUGAGGAACCUAUUGAUAUUUUUCUCUCACAUGAUUGGCCGGUGAGAAUAACUGAUCAUGGGGAUUGGGAGAGGCUUGCAAGGGAGAAGCCUUUCUUCAAGCAAGAGAUAGAGGAAAAAAGACUUGGGAGUCCAGCUGCUGCUGAACUUCUAGAGAAAUUGAAACCGCAAUACUGGUUUUCAGCGCACUUACACUGCAAGUUUGCUGCUCUUGUUCAACAUGGAGAAGGAGGUCCUGUGACAAAAUUCCUAGCACUUGAUAAAUGUCUUCCUGGGCGCGACUUCUUACAGGUUGUUGAAAUUGAAUCGGAGGCAGGACCUUACGAGAUUCAGUAUGAUGAAGAAUGGUUGGCAAUAACAAGAAGGUUCAACUUUGUAUUCCCUUUGACAACCAAAGGUGCAGAUUUUCGAGGGGUAAAUCAUGAGAUGGAAGAUUGUCGCCAAUGGGUUAGAAGCAGGCUACAAGAGAGGGGUUGUAAACCUUUUGAAUUUGUUAGAACAGUUUCAUGUCAUGAUCCUUCUCAAGCCAAUGUUGAUGGUGCUUCAGCUGUGAAUCCUCGGAAUCCCCAGACAGAAUAUCUUUUGCGACUUCUAGAACUUCCAUAUCUUCUUGAUAGAAAUCCUGAUUCAAAGGACAUGUCGCCUUAUCCUGCUCCUUUAAUUCCAAGAGGCCAUGCUGCUUACGAUAGUGAGUACAUUCCCAUUGAUGAUGUGGAUGAUGAUGAGGAUGGGGGGAUUCCAGAAGUUGAUGGGGUGGAAAGUGGAAACUGGAUAUAUGUAGACACUGGAUUGUGGAUUUUUCUGUCUCCACUAUGCAGUUCAAUAUCACCAUCAAUAUUACUACUCCUUUGCACUGAAAAAUCACAUCUUCAUCGCACUCAACCAUCGACAAUGGUGACCCGAGAAACCCCCAAAAAUACUAAAGCUUUUGGUUCUAUGGAGUCAACAAAAUCUUUGUUUCUUUCCUUUUCUCUUUUUAUCAUCUUUUGUUUUGUUUCCUCUGUCACAGCUAGUCUCUCUUUUGACUUCUAUGCAACUUCAUGUCCAACAGCUGAGUUAAUCAUAAGAAACACAGUUAGUUCAUCCUCUUCUAACGAUCCUUCCAUUCCUGGAAAGCUACUUCGUUUGAUUUUCCAUGAUUGCUUUGUAGAGGGAUGUGAUGCAUCUUUGAUGCUACAAGGGAAUAAUACAGAACAAAGUGAUCCAGGAAACAGGUCUGUUGGAGGAUUUUCUGUUAUAGAAUCAGCAAAAAGAGUUCUUGAGAUGUUCUGCCCUGGAACUGUUUCUUGUGCAGACAUAAUUGCUCUAGCAGCUAGAGAUGCAGUUGAAAUUGCUGGUGGACCAAGGAUUCAGAUUCCUACAGGUAGGAGAGAUGGGAUGGUUUCAAUUGCUUCAAAUGUCAGACCAAACAUUGUGGACACUAGUUUUACUAUGGAUGAGAUGGUUAAGCUUUUUUCCACUAAAGGGUUGUCCUUGCUUGAUCUUGUUGUCCUUUCAGGAGCUCAUACAAUAGGAUCAGCACAUUGCCACACAUUCAGGGAUCGUUUCCAACAAGACUCAAAGGGAAAUCUUAAGCUCAUUGACCAAACCAUUGAUAGUAGCUAUGCAGAUGAGCUAAUAAAACAGUGUCCAAUAAAUGCACAACCGUCUAUGACAGUAAACAAUGAUCCUGCAACAUCUAUGCUAUUUGACAACCAAUACUUCAGAAAUCUUCUGGCUCACAAAGUUCUGUUCCAGUCUGAUUCUGUUUUGUUGAAUGAUAAUAACACAAGGAAACUAGUGGAGGAUUUUGCAAAUGAUCAACAACUUUUCUUUGACAAUUGGGCUGUUUCGUUCGUGAGGCUCACCAGUGUUGGAGUAAAGACAGAUGAAGAGGGUGAAAUUCGACGUUUUUGUGCGGCAACUAAUAAUUUUAUAAGAGAUUAAAAAUUCUACAGCAACAAAGGUUAUGCAAAAACAUCCUUUGUGCAUGAUUUUGUUUGUCUUGUUUCUUUCUCAAAUCUUUUGUUGUCUUCUUAUCUUAUUCAUUUUGGCCUAGCUUGACUAAUAAAAUAUCUAACAACAUGAUAUUGAG